AUGCUGUACGGUAAACUCAGGGGAGGUUCCAGAGACUUGAUAGGGGGGGGGGCUAAUAGUUAUCCGGCACCCGGUGAAUCGGCUGAAACUGGCAACUCCACAGGCGUAACUGACGGCAAUCUGACCUCGGGAGCAUCGCAAUUUGCGCUCACGGCCAUAUUGGGUAAUGACAGACAUCUCUUCUUCGGCGGAAAACCAUGGAAAUCGCAGCUUUCCGGAGAUUUCUGUGUAUUUUCCCGGAGAUCGUCUGCAACCGGUAUCAUAAUUUCGGCCGUGGACUUCCACCCGAUCUCUGGUGCUUCGACAGUGGAAUCUUUUGGUAAGGCCGUGUUCGUUAACGGUGUUACACUUUUUGUGCACCUGCAAACUAUUGAAAUCACCGCUUCCCGACUGUUCCUGCUUAUUUUCUUGGAUAUCGUCGAAAAUCGGUAG